UCCCAUGUGACUUCUCACAUCAGUGAUAAUUCAAUAUCAUACUGUCGAAAAUUGCUAAUUAUCGUUAAGUAAUUACUCAUCGAAAAUGUUUCCAAAGCUCAUCUUGCCUCUUUUGCUCGCUGCAAUUGUACUGGUAUUGUACACACCGUCUGAAGCAUACGUGCCCAGAGCGCCUGCGAAGUAUCCUGGUGCAAAUAGAAGUCAUCAUCUCAUCGCUGGAAAUCGACUACCUGGAGAUCGCCUGGCCCAUCAGGAGUACAUCUACCGAGGGUCAUCGGUUUGGCAGAUGUCUAUUCAGAGAAUUUUCAGCGCCGCAAAAUUCGAGAAGAUCACGCAGGUUCUUGCCUUGGAUCAAACCAAUAAUGGCACUGGAGGAUAUGCCAACAUCGUCAGAGGUGGACCCGGUUCUACCAAUGUUACCCUUCAAUUCACAAACCAGAAGAACUAUGGCCUCAGAUUUCUUGUACAGAUUUACGCCAGACGUUGAAUUAUAGUUGAAAGGUGAUGUGGAAUUAUUCUGUUUCUAAAAUCUUAUCACAUGUUCAAUUAUUCUGACAUCACCAAUCAAUAUUGAUCACCUGUCUGUGAAUCAUCCUGAAUAAAACGAAUAUUGAAUAUUUACAAA